CCUACUGUGUGGACAAGAAAAGCUUACUGAGGACAUGGUAAUUCUCCAGUUGCUCCCUGAGGUGUCAAGUGUCCGGUUGCAGUCCAUGGAGGGCCAAUUCAAUGACGAAUCUCAAGAACACCGCCCUCUGUCAGAUGGUGAGACUGAGGCCAAGAUUGGAGAGCUGGCUUCAGAGGAGGAAAUUACAGGAAAAACUGAAUCAUUAACUGAAGAGUCUGGCAACCCCAGAGAUGAUGUUCUCCAAGAUUCUGAAUGCAGAGAAUUCUGUGAAUUUGGGGGUAAAUUAAAUGAAAAUGAUCAGAAUCUCUUCAAAAGAAGACAACAUAACUGUGAUGAAUGUGGGCAAAGCUUUGCUUGGAGUACAGGCCUUAUUAGGCAUCAAAGAACCCACUGGGAGAAACCUUAUGAAUGUGAUAAAUGUGGAAAGACCUUUAGUGUGAGCUCAGCCCUGGUUCUGCAUCAGAGAAUUCAUACUGGGGAGAAACCCUAUCCUUGUAAUUGGUGUAUUAAAAGUUUCAGUCGGAGCUCGGACCUCAUUAAACAUCAAAGAGUCCACACUGGUGAAAAACCUUACAAAUGUGAUGAAUGUGGGAAAGCCUUCAGUCAGAGCUCUGAUCUUAUUAUACAUCAGAGAAUCCAUACAGGAGAAAAACCUUAUCAGUGCAGUCAUUGUAGUAAAAGUUUUAGCCAGCGCUCAGACCUGGUUAAACAUCAGAGAAUCCACACUGGAGAGAAGCCUUAUACAUGUAACCAGUGUAACAAACAUUUUAGUCAGAGUUCUGAUGUUAUAAAACAUCAAAGAAUCCACACUGGUGAGAAACCAUAUAGAUGUGAUGUGUGUGGAAAAGCCUUCAGUCAGAGCUCAGAUCUGAUUCUGCAUCAGAGAAUCCACACUGGGGAGAAGCCGUAUCCGUGUAAUCAGUGUAGCAAAAGCUUCAGUCAGAACUCGGACCUGAUUAAACAUCGAAGGAUCCACACUGGAGAGAAGCCAUAUAAAUGUAAUGAAUGUGGGAAAGCUUUUAAUCAGAGCUCAGUCCUUAUUCUGCAUCAGAGAAUUCACACUGGAGAGAAACCCUAUCCGUGUAAUCAGUGUAGCAAAACCUUCAGUAGACUUUCAGAUCUUAUUAAUCACCAACGAAUUCACACUGGAGAGAAGCCUUACCCAUGCAACCAGUGCAGUAAAAUGUUUAGUCGAAGAUCAGACCUUGUCAAACAUCAUAGAAUCCACACAGGUGAGAAACCCUAUGAAUGUGAUGCGUGUGGGAAAACCUUUAGUCAGAGCUCGAACCUUAUCCUACAUCAGAGGAUCCACACUGGAGAGAAACCCUAUCCAUGUAGUGAUUGUGCUAAAAGUUUUAGUCGUCGCUCAGACCUUGUUAAACAUCAGAGAAUACACACUGGAGAGAAACCAUACGCAUGUAAUGAGUGCAGUAAAAGUUUCAGUCAAAGCUCAGACCUCACUAAGCAUCAGAGAGUACACUCUGGGGAGAGGCCCUAUCAUUGCAAUAGUUGUGAGAAAGCCUUCAGUCAGAGUUCUGACCUUAUUCUUCAUCAGAGAAUUCACACUGGAGAAAAACCGUAUCCAUGCACUCAGUGCGGCAGAAGUUUCAGUCAGAACUCAGACCUCAUCAAGCACCAGAGAAUCCACACUGGGGAAAGACCAUAUAGAUGUAACGAGUGUGGGAAGGCUUUCAGUCAGUGCUCAGCUCUUAUCCUGCAUCAGAGGAUCCACACUGGGGAGAAGCCUUACCCAUGCGAUCAGUGUGGCAAAAGCUUUAGCCGGCGCUCUGAUCUUAUCAACCAUCAAAGAGUCCACACUAGUGAAAAGCCGUAUAAGUGUGAUGCUUGUGGGAAAGCCUUCAGCGCGUGCACUGAUCGCGUGGAACGCCAGGGAAUCCACACUGGAGAGAAACCCCACAGGUGUGUUCAGUGCAGCAGAAGUUUUAGCCAACUUUCUGAUCUUAUUAAUCAUGAGAAAGUCCACCCUGGGGAAGACACUCUAAAUGUGAUGAAUGUGGGAACACCGUUAGUGUAUAUACAUCAACUUUAUUCAGUACCAGAGACAUUCUGCCAGAAAAAAAUCUUAUGAAUGCUAUUGAUGAUUAUGAAGAAGGUUUUAGUCAGUUCUCAACUCUUGUGCUACAUUAAAAACAGGGGGAGGGUAGAGCUCAGUGGCAGAGUGUGUGCUUAGCAUGUAGGAGGUCCUGGGUUCAAUCCCCAGUACCUCCACUAAAAAUAAAUUAAUAAACCUAAUUAACCCCCCUCCCCAAUAAAUAAAAAAUAAGGAAAAAAAAACACACUGGAGAGAAAACAUACUAAUUCAGAUUUUAUAAUGAAAGUUUAGCUCAAACAUUACUAACUUAAAAAAAAUUCUGAGGAGGAAUCCUGUGACUUGUGGGAAAGCUUUCAAUGUGAAUUAAAGUUUUUCUGAAUGUCAGCAACAAUGGAAAGAAAUUUCUAUCUUCUGGAAAGAAAUUUCUAUCUUCUACAGUGUGAGGAAAAGCUCUAGUCUUUUAUUCAAACUCAGUCCGUAAGAGGAAAGCUUUAUAAGAAAUGUAUAACAGUAUUAACGCAGAGCCUUAUCAGGCAUCGUAGAAAUCACCGUGGUGGUGUGUGCAGUCAGAACUCGGAGGUAUAUUAAUGUUCUAAUCUCCAACAUAUAGUGACCCCAAAUCACCUACUGCAUAUCAGAGAAGUUAUUUUAGAGAAUAAACUAAAUUUAUUAGAGUUAGUUUAGAGAAAAACUUAACCCUUUCCAUAUCUUAAUUGGCAUUCAUUCUGAUAACGGGUGUGCCACUUACCUCCUCGCAGCUGGAGAGCCCUACCUUAUGCUAACACUGCUGGUUAUCAUUCCUGUGUGUGUGAACAUGCUUUGCUUUCCUGGUAUUAAACUUACUAACUACGUAACUCCAGUGCCCCAUUUUCUCAAAGAUCCUUUUUUUUUUUUUUUUUUUUUGCCUAGUUUUGGUUUUCCUAGUAUGAGUUUUCAGGUUCCUGUGAUGUUCAUAGAAAAUAUGAACUUACUUUGCUGUUAAUCAUGCAGCCCAUCCAUAAACUUAAGUGGUUUGAAAUUACUCCUUUAGUACUACCAUUUAAUCACAGCUUCUAUAUAUGUGAAAAAAAUUUUUAAAGAAAGUGUGAAGAUUACUAUUAUGUUCAUCUUGUCAUCUAUAGAUGGAACAAAAACGUUAGCUAAACUAAUACCCGUAUGACUAAUUUAUAUAGCAUAUUCUAUCUAAAAAUAAAAAGACUUAUUGUUUUUUUAAUAGUAACAUUCAUCAGGCUUUGUUUUGUCUGUUGAUUUCUGACAUACAUAUUGAUAAUAGGCUACAUAUAUACAAAGUUCUCAACUGAAAAUAGAAAAAAAAAUUUUUUAAAGAAAAAAUUGCCUUUCUGGCAUUCAUCAUUUGUUAAAACCCUGCUACUUUCAUUUACUUUGAAAAAAUCCCCCAUAGUUAUCCAGUCAAUAUUUUACUUUAACACACAUUAAAUUAUGUGCAAGGCAUGUUUUUAAGGUUUUGUAGUAUACACAAAGAAUAUACUGUCUCCAAAAAGCACGUAUUGUAUAGUGAUAAAGAGUGAUGUAUACAGAAACACAUGGCUUGAUACAGUCAUAAAGGUAGAUAAGAUGCUUAUAAGUGCUCACAGGAGGUAGGGUUCAAAUCGGAUUGGAAAGAAAAGAAAAGCUUUGUGGAGCUCCUGAGAUUUGAAUUUUAAAGGAUAGGAGUGGAGGCAUAAGGACAGGGAGGAAAUACUCAACAAAGGCGCAGAAGCAAGAAAAUAGAAGAGAUGAUGUAGAUGAUUAUGGGCCUUAGUCAUUAAUUCAUUCAAUAAAUAUUCAUUGUACUGAGUGCUGCUGAGGGGAAAAUGGUUCCUACCCUCAUGUUCAAGUGUUUAUGAAAAAAUUGUAGAGAUGGUGUUGAUCGUUGCACAACAGUGUUAAUGUACUUAAUGUCACUGAACUCUACAUUUAAAUGGAUGAAAUGGUAUAUUUUGUUAUGUAUAUUUUAGCUCAAUAAAAAAAUUUGAAGAAAUAUCUCAAAUCAAUAUCCUAAGUCUCCAUCUUAAGAAACUAGAAAAAAAAAAAAAAAAGAGCAAACUAAACCCAAAGCAAGUGGAAGGAAGGAAAUAACGAAUAUCAGAGCAGAAACAAAUGAAAAGAGUAUAGAAAAAUAAUAGAGAAAAUGAAUGAAACCAAAAUUUGGUUCCUGGAAAAGAUCAAUAAAAUUGACAAACCUUUAGCUAGAUAACUAAGGAAAAAAAGAAGACUUAAAUUACUAUAAUCAGAAGUGAAAAUGGGAAUAUUAUGACUGCUCUUACAGAAACAAGAAGGAUUCAUAGGGAAUAGUAUGAACAAUUGUAUGCCAAAAAAUUAGGUAAACCAGAACGGACAAAUUCCUAGAAAGAUAUGACCAAAAAUGAUCCAGAAAAUAUUUAAAAAUCUAGAUAGAUCUGUAGCAAAGAAACUUACUGAAUUGGUAACCAAAACAUUUCCCACAAAGAAAAAUCAGGCCUAGAUGGCUUCAGUGGUUAAUUCUAUGAAACUGUAGCUGUAAGAAUUACCACCACUUCUUCAAAAAAUCUUCCAAAAAAUAAGAGGGAAUACUUUCCAACUUAUUCUGAGGCCAGUAUUACCCUGAUACUAAAACCAGACAGACAUCUAAAGAAAACAGGCUCAUAUCCUUUGCGAAUAUAGAAGCAAAAAUCCUCAACAAAAUACCAUCAAACUAAAUCCAACAACAUAUAAAAAGGAUCAUAUACUGUGAUCGAUUGAGAUUAUCACAGGAGUACAAGAUUGGUUUAACAUUUUUAAAAAAUCAGUCACCAUAUUAAUAAAAUAAAGGGCAAAAUCCACAUAAUCACCUCAACAGACUCAUAAAAAAGGAGUCUGACAAAAACCUAACAUCUUUUCAUGAUAAAACCAAAGCAAAAAUAUUCACAUGUAAAAGAAUGGAAUUAGAACCCUAUCUUACACCACUCAUAAAAUUAACUCAAAAUGGAUUAAAGACUUAAAUGUAAGACCCAAAACCAGAAAACCCCUAAAAGAAAAUAUAGGAAAAAAGCUCCUUGGCAUGGGUCUUGGCACUGAUUAUUUUGGAUAUGACAGCUAAAGCACAAGCAACAAAAUGAAAAAUAAAUGAGACUGCAUCAGACUAAAAAGCUUCUGCAUAGCAAAAGAAACAAAGUGAAAAGACAGCCUACAGAAUGGAAGAAUAUUUGCAAACUAUGUAUCUGAUAAGGGGUUAAUAUCUAAAAUAUAUAAAGAAUUUAUACAACUCAAUAGCAAAACAUAAGAAAUACUCCAAUUUAAACAUGGGCAAAGGACCUGAAAAGACAUUUUUCCAAAGAUACACAGAUGGCCCACAGGUACAUGAAAAGAUGCUCAGUAUCACUAGUCAUUAGGAAAAUGCAAAUCAGAACCAUGAGAUAUCACCUCAUGUCUGUUAAAAUGGCUGUUACUAAAAAGACAAGACAUAAUAAAUGCUGGUGAAGAUGUGGAGAAAAGGGAAGGAAUCCUUGUGCACUGUUGGUGAGAAUGUAAAUUGGCUCAUCUGCUAUGGAAAAGUAUGAAGGAUCCUCAAAAAAUAAAAAAAUAGAACUACUAUAUAUCCAGCACUUCCACUUCUAGGAAUAUAUCCUAAGGAAACAAAAACACCACUCAAAAAGAUACCUGAACCUCUGUGUUUAUAGCAGCUUUAUUUAUAAUAGUCAAGCUAUGGAAACAACCUGAGUAUCCACUGACAGAUGAAUGGGUAAAAAAGUUGUGGUAUAUAAAUACAGUAGAAUAUUAUUCAGCCAAAAAGCAAGUAAAUCCUGCCAUUUGCGACAAUACGGAUGGACCUCGAGGGCGUUGUGCUAAGUAAAAUAAGGCAGGAAGAGAAAGACAGAUGCCGGUGACCUCGCUUAUAUGUGGAAUCUAAAAAAACAAAACAAAACAAAACAAAAAAGCAAAAACAAAAACCAGAUUCAUAAAAAAAGAGAUCAGAUUUGUGGUUACCAGAGGUGGCAUGUGGGGUAGGGGGAACUGGAGAAAGGUGGUCAAAAGGCACAAAUUUCCAGUUACAAGAUAAAUAAGUAUUAGAAAUAUAAAGUACAAUGUGAUGACUAUGGUUACCACUACUAUAUGAUAUAUAUAUGAAAAUUGUUGGGAAUAAAUCCUAGGAGUUCUCAUUACAAGGAAAAAAUUUUUUUCUUUUUCAUUUCUUGUUAUUGUAUCUAUAUGAGAUGAUGGAUGUUAACUAAAGUGAUACUCAUUCCACGAUAUAUGUAAGUCAAGCCUUUAUGCUGUACACCUGGAACUCAUACAGUGAUCUAUGUCAAUUACUUCUCAAUAAAACUGGGAAAAAAAAACUUAA